AUGGCGACAACCUGCCCAUGGCGAGUGACAGCGCUCGCAACGGCAUCAAGUGAGCAAUCGUCUAGUCCCACCCUUCAGGAAAUUAUGGACGAGGAAUUGUCCUUGAGACUGCAGGACGAAGAGUGGGUUAAACUUGCGGCACUUGAUCACAGUGACGCAUUCCAUGUUAAAGACAGUGGCGACGACCUUGAGGAGAAGGAACCGGCACCCGAAGCGGAAUCAACAGCCCUCGACGAGUAUGAAGGACAGGACUACGACGAAACGGCGGUGGUGCGCACGAAGGCAUGUUCGACGAGGACACACAGAGAGUUCUGCAGAAAUUGGUGCGCAAAGAGCUUUUGAGUGCAGUGAGAACGCGUAUAUACACAGGAAGAGAAGCCAACAUGUACCACAGCGUAGGACUGGACAAGGCAACAGGACAGGAACGAGGACUAGCGCUGAAGAUAUUCAAGACUAACAAGGGAGACUUCACCAAAGCUUCUGAACGUGACCCAUCCGGCCGAAAAUAUGGCCUGGACUACGUCAAGAAGAGUAUUCGUCGACAGCUAAAGAUUCAGGCUGAGCGUGAGUAUAAAUAUUUGUGUCGUGCAGGCGCAGCACUUAAACACAGGCCAGUCACCGUAACAGAAGAGAAGCUUGCACACGCUGGCCGCGGUCCGCGUAUGCCGAUGCCUCUCAUCCUUCACGACCACAUACUUGUCACGGAAUUCGUCGGUUCAGACGGCCAUGUCGCUCCUUCCCUGGCAGACGCAAAACUGAACGACACUCAACUCUGCAGCGCCUACACCGAUCUUCUGCGUGCUAUGCGUCGGCUGUAUCAGCGCGCUCGGCUUGUUCACGCGAAUCUUUCUGCAGCAAACAUCCGAUACUACGACGGUCAGUUUUGGAUCACAGGCAUUGGUCAUGCGGUCGAAGUUGGUGCGGAGAACAAUUUGGAACUGCUGACUCGCGACUUGGGUAACCUGGACUCGUUUUUCCGCUCGAGUGGUGUCCCCGCGGUGGCGAAGCGCCGCGUCGGACUCGUUUGUGUGGACGUAGCCAAGGAAUACGUUGUGACGGAGUCCCCUGAGCAGCUGCUGAGGCGCUUUCCUGUACUGGAGCCGCUGCUACGUAACUGAACUGAAGAUGGUCAUUGCCGUGGAGUGGACUUCACUGGAGGUGGAGCCAUUGGACCCCAAUUUGGAGCUCGUGCUCAACUUGACAGUGUCGACACGCAACUGUGUAGGACGGAGAGUGAGCGGCGUAGGACAAUCCGAAUCAUAAGUAACUUGAGGUCAGCUCAUCAAGCUCCAACGUGUUCAAGCACUCCGCCGACCCAACUUGGGAGGAUACACUCAAAUUGUUGCAGCAAGUGAGUGAAGCAUAACUGGUACAGGUACUGCACCGGUAUUUUCGUUGACUUCGCUGAAACUUCCGGAUGCUGUAAUACAGCAUCCGGCCUGUAUGCCGGUACCAUUGUCGCAAUACUGGUUCAUGAAAUAGCUAAUAGCUAAACAGUGUUUCAUGGAAUACAUAGCGAUUAAUAAAAA